AGGAGGGUUAGCCGUUGGGUGUCUUGUUUAAUACAUCAGAUGCUAGCUAACUUUAGCUGUUCCGGAGCUCAAACUUUUAACCUGAGGCUGAAACCUACAGCAAGCUCUCCAGAUAAUCGAAAAUGAAUGUAAUAGAUCAUGUGCGGGAUAUGGCUGCAGCAGGCCUUCACUCUAAUGUCCGAAUAGUGAGCAGUUUGUUGCUGACGAUGAGCAACAACAAUCCAGAGUUGUUCUCGCCGGCUCAGAAGUACCAGCUGCUGGUUUACCAUGCUGAUGCUAUCUUCCAUGAUAAAGAGUAUCGCAAUGCUGCCUGCAAAUACAGCAUGGCUCUGCAGCAGAAGAAGGUGCUCAGCAAAACGUCAAAAGUUCGCACUUCUGCUGGUGGAGCCGCUUCUACCAUACAGGCACAGAGUUUGCCUUCAGAAAUUGAGGUAAAGUACAAAAUAGCUGAAUGCUACACCAUCCUGAAACUGGAUAAAGAUGCCAUUGCAGUGCUCGAUGGGAUUCCAUCCAGACAAAGGACUCCAAAGAUCAACAUGAUGCUAGCUAACCUGUACAGGAAAGCUGGACAGGAACGGUCUGCUGUGACGAGCUACAAAGAGGUCCUCAGACAGUGUCCCCUUGCCUUGGAUGCAAUCAUUGGCCUUCUCUCUCUGUCAGUGAAAGGAGCUGAGGUGGCAUCCAUGACUAUGGAUGCGAUUCAGAGUAUCCCCAACCUUGACUGGCUCUCUGUUUGGAUCAAAGCGUAUGCCUUCAUUCAUGCAGGAGACAAUCAAAGGGCUAUUAACACCAUUUGCUCUUUGGAGAAGAAGUCUCUUUUGCGGGACAACGUGGAUCUCCUGGUCAGCCUGGCAGAUGUUUAUUUCAGGGCAGGUGACACCAAAAAUGCAAUUCUCAAAUUUGAACAAGCCCAGAUGCUGGACCCUUACCUCAUCAAAGGAAUGGAUGUUUAUGGCUACCUGAUGGCCCGUGAGGGACACCUGGAGGAUGUUGAAGUCUUGGGAGGUCGAUUAUUCAAUAUAUCUGACCAGCAUGCUGAACCGUGGGUGAUCUCUGGUUGUCACAGUUUUUAUAGCAAGCGUUACUCCCGGGCUCUCUACCUGGGGGCCAAGGCCAUCCAGCUGAACAGCAAUAGUGUGCAGGCACUCCUGCUGAAGGGGGCAGCGCUGAGAAACAUGGGACGGGUUCAGGAGGCCAUCAUUCAUUUCAGAGAGGCCAUGCGUUUGGCACCCUGCCGCCUUGACUGCUAUGAAGGCCUGAUCGACUGUUAUCUGGCAUCCAAUGGGAUUCGUGAGGCUAUGGGGAUGGCUAACAACAUCUAUAAGACUUUAGGAGCCAAUGCGCAGACUCUGACCAUCCUUGCCACAGUGUGUCUGGAAGACCCGGUGACUCAGGAGAAAGCUAAAACCCUUCUAGACAAAGCUCUGGCCCAGAGGCCUGACUACACCAAGGCUGUGGUCAAGAAGGCUGAACUCCUCAGCCGGGAACAGAAAUAUGAAGAAGGGAUCGCUCUCCUGCGGAAUGCCUUGGCCAAUCAAAGUGACUGUGUCCUGCACAGGAUGCUGGGAGAUUUCCUGGUGGCUGUCAAUGAUUACCAAGAAGCCAUGGACCAGUACAGUAUAGCGUUAAGCCUGGAUCCCAAUGACCAGAAAUCGCUAGAAGGUAUGCAGAAGAUGGAGAAGGAGGAAAGCCCCACAGACGCCACAGUGGAGCUGGAGGGCGAUGACAUGGAGGGCAGCGGAGAGGACGGCGAUCUUGAGGGCAGCGACAGUGAGGCAGCUCAGUGGGCUGAUCAGGAACAGUGGUUUGGUAUGCAGUGACUCCGGACGACUGGCGGACGCUCUGUCAGUAUCACGCGGCAGCCCACGGGAAGCAUUCAGCCAUGAGGGCCGCCAAACAGAACAAGACCGAAGUAGUUGUACCGCAUGUUUAAUCUCACGUGAUCAGAGGUUGUUGCCAAGUGAUGUUACCAAAUUUAAAGACAACACAGUUGGGCAUGAAAUUCAAGAAUUAGUCUUUGUACCACUGGAUGAACUGAUGCUCGACGUUGCAGUACAGCUACAGGAAGACACGAGAGCUUUUAUUAAGAUGCAGAACUCCAGUCAUUUUUGGCCUAAUGCUGUUUCCCAUCAUUCUGACGAUCUUGACAGCUUCACUCUGAGGUUACCGCGAGCCUCGUAAAACUAGGAGAGACCCAAAGUUCCUAAUUAAAUUAUCUUGUAUAUUUCUCCACACUUACUGCCUGCCAGGCUGUGCAAAAUACACCACAAAGCCAUGUUUAAAAAAAAAAGAACAUCUGUGUAUUUGAAAUUGCAUUUGAUUCCUCCUUUUAUCCUGCAUUCAGGGGUUGUUCCCAGGAAAGAUGGAUGCAAGUAAAUAAUCAGCUGAUGGUUUGCCAGGAAACUGAGAUUAAGUUAAAAAAAAAAAAAAAUGACUGGAGUUAAUUGGGACUUUUUUUCUUUUUUUGGACACACAUUUACCACAAAGGAGGUGCUGGGUGGGUGUCGAAAGUGUCACAAUAAAGGUCACAAAUAUACCAGAAAAGUGACAGUAAAUUUCUGCUGCUUUUUAAAACAUAUUGAAUGAAUUUGUGAAAACUUGAUUUUGUGUCAUGUAAUAUACCUGGUGUGUGCAUGUGUGCGCGCGUGUUGUCCAUUAGCUCUUCGUUCUGUAUAAAAAAAAAAAAAAAACGUAACUUGGGACGUUUUACUUUAUCAUUUCAAAACAAAUCUUUAUAGUAUUUUGUACAUAUUUUUAAAAUGUAUAAUAAAAUAAUGAAACGCUCACUUGACAUGCAUGUAGCGUUUUGGCCGGUCCUGUAUUCAUAAAGGGUCGCCACCGCAGGUAGCUCGACAUAUUUGUUCUGGCAGAGUUUUGUACCAGAUGCCUUCAUGACAACAUCCAAGUGAUUUGUGUUGCCUCCUACUUGACAUGCACGUAGCUGUUUCUAAAGUCAUCCAAUAAUUCUGAACAUAAGUACAAAUCUUUUUAAAACUCCACUUGAUUAUAACUUCUUACUGGGUGACACACGAGCAUUUAAGCUGAUUACUCCCCACAAAAAGCAGCCUGAAGUCAGGCUGAACUGAGGCAAAAAAGAAUUUGCCAGAAUGCAUCUGGCAUUUACUAUGUGAUGUUAAAAUUUCCCAGAGGCCCCUCAGACCCCUGUUUUGUGUCACCAUAGCCAUGGUUUCCUAAAAAUGAUCCUCAAGCACAGAUCUGUGACAUCUCUGGCACUAAUCUUGCUGAAAAAGCAUAUCAGCUUUUUAUUUAUUUAUUUGUAAUCAGUGCCUUAAUCCACCGUUCAGUGUGAGGAGUGAGGUGCAAUCAUGGCUCAAACGUGAGCAUUCAUGGACCCACAAUUAAGACUGAG